AGGUGGGACCUGUGAGCUGUGUUUAUUCCCUGAGCUCAGCCAAUGGCCAUGCAGCGGGAGUCACGGGGGCUGGAGCUUUGGCUGUAAACUGUUGCAUCUCCUUGUUUUCGGGGCUGUGAGCUGAUUAUAAUCGGUCCCUCUCUCAGGUGCUGACCAUGGCUGGAUCUUCUGCGAACGAUAGCGCAGCGGAGCGCAUUGGAUACAUCACCCGAGUGCAGAGCUUCAGCGCCUGUCACCGGCUCCACAGCCUUCACCUGAGUGACGGGGAGAAUGAAAAAGUUUAUGGAAAAUGCAACAAUCCCUAUGGCCAUGGACACAACUACAAGGUGGAGGUAACAGUGCGAGGAAAGAUCGAUCGUAUCACUGGCAUGGUCAUGAACCUGACAGACCUCAAGAGAUGCAUUGAGGAAGUCAUCAUGGUUCCACUGGACCAUAAAAACCUGGAUAAGGAUGUCCCAUACUUUGCCAGUGUUGUAAGCACAACAGAGAACCUGGCUGUUUACAUCUGGGACAACAUGGUGAAGGCCCUCCCACCCAAUCUGCUCUAUGAGAUCAAGAUUUAUGAGACAGAUAAGAACAUUGUUAUAUAUCGAGGAGAGUAGAUGUGUCAGUGUUGAUUUAAUAGGCCUGGAUGUGUACAAGUGCCAUUCAUUUAAUUCAGCGUUUUGUACUGGUAAGUGCGGACUGGCAGAUGUUAUUGUUACCUUUACACUUUAUCCACCAAACAUUUUGUAGCAGAUCCAACUGUUCAGUAUUCCUGUACAAUUUGUAUUAAACCUUAGUUAGACUGGCGAUUACAAAACUUUUUUGGCCUCAUGAUCCCUUGUUUACUUCCCUCCUCUAAACCUGUGUGCAUUUGUCUACAGGUUCUUACCAAAUAUUGAUUCAUUUUUAAAGGUCCAAAGUCCAAAUUAGAAUUAAAGAAUUAUUCAAACUUAAAGCUGCCAUCAACAAAAUACAUUGCCAAAUAUCAUCUCACCUCUGAAUGAGGUAUGAUGACUAGGUUUUGGCACACCGACCACACUGUGGCUCACCGU